GAGAGUAGUACCGCGCCCUGCAGGGCGCUUCUGAUGGAUCCUCCACCAUGGAGGCAAUCACAAACUACCCAAAACCACUCUGCACCGGCGCUACCUGCCGUAGGAGCGGGUCCUUCAAGCGCGGCACCCCGACCACGCCGACAUCCCAGGACAUAAAGCUGCCUCGCGGGAUACCCUGGACCAAAGGGGAUGUCAAGGCAGAGUACGAGUUUCUGGACAAGCUGAGCCACACCAGCGCAGACUCCUCCGAUGUGGUCUACAGCGUCCGCCACCGCAAGACCGACAAGCGCUUUGCAUGCAAGCGCAUCUCCAAACAUCAGCCCGACUACGGUGGCUCUUGCAAGCGGGUGGGAGCCAGUGCAGGGGCAGGCUGGCGGCAUGAGGCGCAGAUGCUGGCGCGCUGCGCUGAGCACGCCAACAUUGUGAGCCUACACGAGGUCAUAGAGGAUGCGCACUAUGUGUACAUUGUCAUGGAGGAAUGCGAAGGUGGGGAGCUGUUCGAUCUGAUUUUGGAGCGCGGGCACUUGUCUGAGAAGGAUGCGGCCGUCAACGCGCGGGCCAUCCUGGAAGUCAUCCGCCACUGCCAUUCACAGGGUGUGGUUAAUCGCGACCUGAAGCCGGAGAAUCUGCUGCUGAAGAAGAAGUACAGCUGCCAGGAGGUGUCCUGCACAAUGGAGAACCUGCGCUGUGUGGACUUCGGCUCCGCCUCACAGCUCGAGCCAGGCAAGCAGCUGAGGGACAUGGUGGGCAGCAGCUUCUACAUAGCGCCAGAGGUGCUGCGCGGCAAGUACGGCUACUCGGCCGAUGUGUGGUCCACAGGCGUGAUCGUGUACAUCAUGCUGUCCGGCCUGCCGCCCUUCUGGGGCCCCAACACGCGCGAGACGUUUGACAACAUCCUCACCGCGCGGCCGCGCCUCGACGGCGACCUCUGGGACGCCGUCUCCGAGGCCGGCAAGGACUUCAUCCGCAGGAUACUGGACAAGGACCCGGCGACGCGGAUGACGGUGUCGGAGGCGCUGGCGCAUCCCUGGAUCUCACAGGAGCUCAGCGCGCCGACAACGCAGCUGAGCAGCGUGGUGCUGUCGCGGCUGCAGAGCUUCACGCGCACGACGCGGCUGGAGCGCCUGUUGCUGAACGUGGCCGCGCACCAGCUGACCUCCAAGGAGAUCGACCGCCUUGGCGCCAUGUUCCGCGCUCUCGACCACGACGACGACGGAUGCAUAACCGCGGAGGAUCUGCGGGAGGGACUGGGCGCGGUGGGCAAGCAGAUGGACCGGGAGUCCAUAAAGAAGCUGGCGCGAGAGCUGGACGUGUCGGGCUGCGGCUCCAUCAAUCUGGAGGAGUUCAUAGCCGGAGCGAUGGACCGCAAGCGCGCGCUGACGAGCGAGACGCUGACGCGCGUCUUCUCUGACCUUGACGAUGACCACGACGGCGAGCUGGGGCCCCGCGUCUUCGCCUCCGCCCUCCAAGUGCGCCCUUGUUUUAGGAUUGCUCUGAUUGAAGGCUCUUGUGGAGGGGAGGAACUGCUGUCGUACUAG